AUGGCUACUUUCCGUUCUCUUUUGUGCGCUGAAAAGUGGUGGUGGGACUCCGCGGCAGAGAGCUAUAUCCAGUUCCACGAAGAUGGCACUGGCGAUCUGGUCGCCCGCCGUGAGCUUUGUUUGUUUAUCGCAGCCCAUUUCAACUGGGAAGCACAGCAGCCAGACUUUUCAAACAAUGAAAUCGACGUUGCGUCUUCGUGGCUGCAAACCUGGCAGCCACAUAAUAUCGGCCAGAUCGACAUCAAAAUGACACUCACAACCCGCCGCAUUCAGCUGGGCGAAAUGGACAUGCAACGAUUCCAGAUCAACGAGGACAGACUUACCGAGGAAGCAUUCCUGCCCCAGAAACUUAGCCUGCGGCUGGAGAAAGGGAGGUUCAUGACUGUUAAUGAUGCUCAGUUCGUCAGUGAGCUUCCAUAUUAUCAAACCUUCCACUAUCGGCUUUCAUGCGACCCUUCGCCGUUUCCAGUACAGGAUAUGUGGAAAAGUCCCGGUGGAGCGCCAGAACAGCUUCGGUUUUGGGAAUGGAAACAGUUCCACUCUCAUGAACGGUCGCUUCAGAGUCAAAUGACGCCGUGGGGGAAGGUAUUCAAUACAUGCAAGAGGGCAAUAGGGCUGGAUUGA